AUGCCAAGCCCGAACCUCCCAAUUGCAGCUCCCGUGUUUGUUAAACCAAGCAGUGCUAACAGUAGUACCAAUGGUGCUAGUGGUACUGGUGGUGCUGUUGUUGCUGGUGGUGCUGCUGCUGGUGGUGCUAGUUCAAAUGAGGCAACUGGGCAAGGCAAGAAGGGCGGUAAGGGGAAGAAGGGGCAGCAGGAGCAGCAGCACGUGAAGGAGCAGGGGAGUGACAGAAGGAGAGGUGCUUAUAAGGAGGGCAUGGCGAGGCUUCAGCAUGAUUCCCCACUGAUGGAAGCUAUGAGGGAGAUAGAGGAGGAGGUGGGGGGGAGGAGCGGGGGGGGCGGGAACAGAAGGACCCGCGACCGCUGCGUGGAGUGCUUCAUUCGCCGCUCGCGCAAGACCGGCACGUUCACGCUGUUUCUGGGCGUGCCGCCGAAUUCGACGGAGAACGGCAAGUUCCUGCUCGCGGCGCGCAAGUGCGGCUGGCGGCCGUCAAGCCCGCGUUUUCUCUCGGCGCGGCGUCGCUGGCGCACGGCGGAAGUAGCAGCAGCAGCCGCAAGGUGCAUCCCCGCGGAGCCGCUUUUUCCGCCAACGGUUACCACCACUGUAACCACUGUAGCAAUCGGUGUGGUAACCACCAUUGUGGUUACAACUGUGGCAGCAGCAGCACGGGCAGCAGAGGGGCCGGCACCCCUGUCGCGUGUAACGGUAACUUGGGCAGCUUUAACGGUUCCAGCUGUAGCGGCGCCAGCUGUAGCAGGGGUAGCGACGGGACAGGAUUACUCGGCGCAGGUAUUACCAGCAGUAGUGGCAGCGGCAGCGCCAUUGGUGGUCGGGGCGAUUGUAACGGCGCAAAUGACGCUGACACGGCCACGUCAGCAGCGGCUCAGUGGGGGGAAGGGGGAGGCGGGGGGGAUUGUGAGUGAGUUUGAGUGGGGAGGGGGGGAGAGAGAGGAGGUGACUGUAGAAGAAGUGACUGAAGGGAGAGUGGGAGGGCGGGAGGAAGAGGGGAAGGGAGAGAGAGGGGAGGGGAAGAGAGUGGAGAGAGGGGAGGUAGAGAGGGAGGAGGGGACGGGAGAGGAGAGGAGGAAGAACGAGACCGAGGAGAGGCAAGAGAAGGAGGAGAGGGAGGAGGAGGAGAGAUUGCUGGUGAGGCUCACUGGGAGUGGAGAAGAGGAGGGGGAGGGCGAGAAGCAAGAAUGCACAGCAGCGGAGGAAGCAAGGGAAGCGAGGGAAGCAAGGUCACCACCCACAAUCUGCACAAGAGAGCCCUUGGUCUCGUUCCCAGAGAGUGGGGAAGAGAUGGGUGCGGGAGAGAGAAUGGGGAGCAGUGGUAAGGAGGAGAGCAAUGAGCAGCAGAGCAUGCGAGAGGAGGGUGUGGAAGCAGGGGGGCAGUGGGAGAAGAAGAGUCAAGAGGAGAGCAGUCCGGAGGACGGGAGUUUAGAGGAGGGGAAUCAGCAGGAGGAGUGUGGGGAUUGGCCGACAGACGGCGCGUGUGAGCAGCAGGAGAGCAGUGGAGAGGGAAGGAGUGAGCAGGAGGGCAAUCAGGGUUGGUUGCAAGGCGGAGGUUUCCAGUGCGUGCUGCUCUGUGUGGUUGAGGGUAGCUCAUGGAGAGGGGCGGGCCGGGGAAAUGACUUGGACAAGCCCUUGCUGCUGCAGCUUGGGAAGAUAGGCAAGGACACGUUUACCAUGGACUACAGAUACCCGCUCACGGCCUUCCAGGCGUUUGCCAUCUGCCUGAGCAGCUUUGAUACCAAAGUGGUGUUUCCAGUCAACUCAAAGUAA